CACAAAUAAAAAAGAGAGUAACUUGACAUUUCUCCCACGGAAUAUGGCAAACAUGUGAAUGCAUAUGAAGAUGUGAGGACAGAAAAAAACGAUAGAUUAAGGAGAUAGAUAUUUAUGUAAAAUAAAAAAAACAUUUUUGGUGUCUCUACUUGUCUAUAACUAUCUAGCGAUAGUUAAUUUAUUUACAACACCGGCUGAUGGUGAAAAUAAAUCAGUAGUUAUCGUUAUCGUGCUAAAGAAAUUUAAACUAAAUGACCAAGAUAAAGAAGUAAAUAAAUCUGGAUAUAUUUCAUCAACAAGGUACUGAUAAUAUGUAGGGUACAAGUGGGAUUCAGAUGAUUAUGAUAGAAGAGGCCUUUUAAGUGGCGAAUAAACUUCUAAAUAAAAUUAUACCUUUUUCAACAUCAGUAAUAUUUAAUCCAAGUUAUCCAAGUCUGAUUUCCACAGAUAUUAUGGCUUUGAGAAAAGUUAAAGGAAAUUUUGAGAGAAUGUUUGAUAAAAAUCUCACGGAUUUAGUCCGCGGGAUCAGGAAUAACAAAAAUAAUGAGGCUAAAUAUAUAACGCAGUGUAUAGAAGAGAUUAAACAGGAAUUAAGACAAGAUAAUGUUGCUGUCAAAGCUAAUGCUGUUGCGAAAUUAACAUAUCUUCAAAUGCUGGGGUAUGACAUAAGUUGGGCUGGUUUUAAUAUCAUCGAAGUAAUGUCAUCAGGUAAAUUUACUUACAAACGUAUUGGAUAUCUCGCUGCAAGUCAAAGUUUUCAUAUGGACACUGAGUUACUGAUGCUAACAACAAACAUGAUUCGCAAAGAUUUAAACAGCCAGAAUCAAUAUGAUGCAGGUCUAGCACUAAGUGGACUCUCGUGUUUCAUAAGUCCUGACCUAGCUCGAGACUUGGUCAAUGAUAUUAUGACCUUAUUAACCAGCACAAAGCCUUAUUUACGUAAAAAAGCCGUUCUCAUGAUGUACAAAGUAUUUCUGCGCUUCCCUGAGGCUCUACGUCCCGCGUUCCCGCGUCUUAAAGAAAAGCUUGAGGACCCGGAUAGCGGGGUGCAGUCGGCAGCAGUCAAUGUUGUCUGUGAACUAGCUAGGAAAAAUCCGAAAAAUUAUUUAAGUCUCGCGCCAAUAUUUUUUAAACUCAUGACUACUUCGACCAACAAUUGGAUGCUAAUUAAAAUAAUUAAGCUCUUUGGCGCAUUGACACCCUUAGAACCUAGGCUUGGAAAAAAACUCAUAGAACCUUUGACCAAUUUAAUACACAGUACAUCAGCAAUGUCUCUGCUGUACGAGUGUAUAAAUACUGUGAUAGCCGUCCUGAUAUCAAUAUCAUCUGGAAUGCCGAAUCACUCAGACUCAAUACAACUUUGUGUACAAAAAUUACGUAUAUUAAUUGAAGACUCUGACCAGAAUUUAAAGUACUUGGGUCUGCUAGCGAUGUCGAAGAUAUUGAAGACACACCCGAAGAGUGUGCAAGCUCACAAAGACUUGAUAAUGCAGUGUCUUGAUGAUAAAGACGAGAGUAUAAGAUUACGUGCCUUGGAUCUUCUUUACGGAAUGGUGUCAAAAAAAAAUCUUAUGGAAAUAGUUCGUAAGCUGAUGAUCCACAUGGACAAAGCUGAGGGUACAACUUAUCGGGAUGAAUUAUUGUCGAAGAUAAUUCAAAUUUGUUCCCAAAAUAAUUACCAGUUUAUUACGUACUUCGAGUGGUACAUUUCGGUGCUGGUCGAUUUGACACGUAUGGAGGGUACCAAGCAUGGACAGCUGGUGGCGACCCAGCUGCUAGAUGUUGCAAUCCGUGUUCAAGCUAUCAGGAAAUGCGCGGUCCAACAAUGUGCCUUACUGUUGGAGAACGCCCACUUGCUGACAGGACAACCGCGUGCUACCAUGUGCGAAGUUCUUUACGCAGCCGCCUGGAUAUGUGGGGAAUUCUGCAGCGAACUUGAUGACCCAAUAGUUACACUAAAGUCAAUGUUAAAAUCACAAGCUUCAAGUCUACCGGGUCAUAUUCAAGCUGUUUAUGUUCAUAAUAUUUUAAAAUUAGCAGCCGUUACACUAAAUAAAGCUUACGCUGAAAACGAUGAUGAGACUAUCGAACAAAUAUUUUAUCUCAAAGAUAAAAUGGCUGAGUUUGUGUGCAGUGGAGACUUAGAAGUUCAAGAACGAUCGAGUGCGGUAUUAGUUGUGUUUGAUUAUAUAAAAGAAAAUCCGUCACUGAUACCUGAACUAGCGGCUGCUUUUGAAGGCGAAUUAAAUCCUGUGGCUCCUAAAGCUCAGAAAAAAGUACCGAUUCCUGAAGGAUUGGAUUUGGACACUUGGAUAAAUGAUCCGCCGUCGGAGACUUCUGAUGAAGAGGAUCUGGAUAUGAAUGAUAUCUUUGUCAAGUCGGAAAAAUCUGAGUACAGCGGACGCAAAGUCUCGGUUGAACCGACUGUUGAAGAGCUGCAGCGAAGGCGUGAAGCCAGAAAAUUGGAGCAAGAAAAUAAUCCCCACUAUUUGAAAACAACUGCCAGUCCAAAAAAUACUAGCAAUAGUAUUAAUAAUUCUUAUCAUAAUUCUGAUAAUAAAAAUGAUGAUUAUGAUCAAAUUCCUAUCACUGAAUUAGAUAUACCAGUGUCACUUAAAGUAAAUUCUUUUUCGAAUUCAAAACUGCUUAAUUUAAAUACGGAUAUUGAUAAGCAGAAGCGCAGAAAGACGCAUGGGAAGAAGAAAAAGUCGAAGAAAAAUAAAAAUCAAUCGAGUACAGACGAUGAUGUAGAGGACGGUGGGUAUCCAACGCAUUUUGUAAAUACUGGAGUCGGGGAAUUACCACCGGGUGCGGAACUGAGCGACAAUGACGACACUAAUUUAACGGACGUCAACGAUCCACAUCGGGCAUUGAACAUCGACUUGGAUAUUCCACUGCGCGAGGAUGAGCGACUGCCGGUUCUCGAGCAUAGAGCGGAUAUUGUGGCAAUAAAAAGCAGGUCGCCGUCCCGAGACAAGAAGAAAAGCGACAAGUCGAAGAAAAAGAAGAAGAGUAAGAGCAAAGCCACCGAACAAAAUGACAAUCAAAAUAAUAUUGACUUAUGGCUGGGCAAUGAUGUAUUAAACGAUAAAGAAAACUCGGGCAAUGAGAAUGUCAACAGGCAGAAUGAUGUCGAUGAGUCAAAGUCGAAAUCUAAACGUAGCAAGUCCAAGAAGAAGAAAGACACCGAGGAGAGCACGAGGAGGCGCAAAAAGAAACAUUCAGACAGUAAAAAACAUGACAAACCAUCGGGUUAUGAAGAAACUGCUGGUAUUUCUACGCCUUCGAAAGAAAUAUUGCCGGGACUUAGGAGCAAUUGUGAUGAUAAUGAUGCCAGUGCUAAUCAAAAUGAACUCAGUGACACUUCCGAUUAUCCAGAGUAUUUACAACUUGCGGUGAAUGAUAAAAUUAAGAUGACUUAUGAGUUGAAGCAGCUGCCGCACGAGGUGGGAAAGAUUAUUGCUGUCGUAAUACUGAUGAAUACGGGGAAUAAAGUGCUGAAGGAGCUGGACCUUGAUGUCUCUGACGCGUCUGCUCUGAAGCUAGUCCGCAGUCUAGGCGAAGAGUCGGGCAUCAAGAUACGGGCGCCGUUGGCUCCCUCGGUCAGUACCGAAGUCCAUCUCUCUAUCGUCGUAUCCGACGACACGUUCGCUCAGAAACUUCGGGGAUCGCUUACUUACAUGGUGGAAAAUGAGGGCGGGAUGAUUCAAGAGAAGCUAGAUUUCACUCUGAGACUCUCUCACUGCAGUUUCUUGAUGGGAAGUCUUUCCCACAGUUACAUUCUCACUGAAUUACUGAAUGGCGACCAACUGACGUUUAAAACUAAAAAUAAAAUAAAACUUACACGUGAUUUUAGUCAGACGUUGGAAAUUAUUUGUCAGCGUUGUCAUUUAACGCUCGUUGAACAGAUUGAUGACACUGCUUCUCUCUAUGGUCAAUCGCUGAAAGGUCAUCAUGUCUGCCUUUUAGUUAAAAAAAAAUCAUCAGAUAAUUCUUCCUGCCUGGCGAUUGAAGGCAAAGGAGAUAAUAAUUCAUUAUUAUCUGGAGUUGUUAAUGAAAUAAUUGAGUUAUUGGCUAAUUAGGUUAAUUAUUAACAAAUAAAACUUAAUAAAAAUAAUUAUAUAUAUAUAUUAAUUAUAUGAAAAUGACGAAGAUAAUACACAGAGAUGUUAUAUGUAAAAAAAAAAUAUCUAUUGCUCAUUUGUAGCGAAAAAUUUUUUUUUUAUUAAAUUUGUAUAUUAUUUACCCUA